GCUAUACUUGUGAGUCUGAUUUGUGUUACCUAUCUAGGCUUUACUUUGUGUAUCUGUUUGUCGGAAAGUUUGCGCUGGUUUACCUCUGGACAGUAAGUACGCCUCAACAUCACCAACCUCAUUCUAAUCUCGCUGUUACUCCAGCUCUCCAUCUACAUCUCCUCCCUCCGCACAACCAAAGCCCUCCGAACUGCCAUCCUAACCCGCCUCCUCCAACAAUCCAUCUCCUUCUUCGACGCCUCCCUCAGCGGCUCCCCCGUCACCCACGUAACCACAAACGCGAAUCUAAUCAACAGCGGGACCUCGGAAAAGCUCGGCUUCGUCCUACAAGGGACUUCGACCUUCAUCGCAGCCUUCGUCGUCGCCUUCGCCGUGCAGUGGAAACUCACCCUCGUAACCAUCUGCAUCGCCCCCGCGAUCCUGCUCAUCACGACCAUCUGCUCGGCAUUUCUUGUCAAAGCUGAGAAUGCGAUCUUGCGUGUGGAUUCCGACGCGGGGAGUCUGGCUGAGGAGGUCUUUGCGAGUAUGAAGACUGUGCAUGCGUUUAGUGCGUUUGAGGCGCUGACCGCCAAGUAUGGGGCUUUUGCGGGCGAGGCAAGACGAUUGGGUAUCAGGCAGUCGGGGAACAUGGCUGUCCUCUAUGCCGGCGAGUUCUUUUGUGUGUAUGCCGGGUACGGGCUGGCGUUCUGGCAGGGGAUUCGCAUGUACGCGCGUGGGGAGAUUGAGGAGCCCGGGGCGGUUGUUACCGUGAUCUUCGCCGUAAUCGUCGCCGCAACAUCCAUGACCCAAAUCGCCCCGCAAAUCGUGCAAAUCACCCGCGCCGCCUCAGCAGCACAGUUCAUGUGGGAGGUCAUUGACCACGAAACGAGCAUCGACGCACUCUCGACAUCGGGAAAACAGCCCGAGACCUGCCACGGCCAGAUCGAAUUCUCAAACAUCGCCUUCGCAUACCCCACGCGCCCGCAGGUGCGCGUUUUCGAGAAUUUCAGCCUCGCUGUCGCCGCGAAUAAGACUACCGCGCUGGUGGGGCCGAGUGGAUCCGGAAAGAGUACGGUCUCGGCGCUGCUGGAGAGGUGGUAUGAUCCGGUUGAAGGACGGGUGUUGUUGGACGGGGUGGAUAUUCGCGAGCUUAAUGUGCGGUGGUUGAGGACGAAUAUUAGGAUUGUGCAGCAGGAACCUACGUUGUUCAAUGGGACGGUGUUUGAGAAUGUGGCGUACGGUCUUGCGGGGACGGAUUAUAUCCAUGCUUCCCGCGAGGAGCAGCUGGAGAGGGUCAUCGAGGCUUGCAAGGCGGCGUAUGCACAUGAGUUCAUUGAGAGCUUGCCUGAGGGCUACGACACACCAGUCGGCGAACGCGCAAGCGUCCUCUCCGGCGGCCAGAAGCAGCGAAUCGCAAUUGCCAGGAGUAUCGUAUCGGACCCGAAAGUGCUCAUCCUUGAUGAAGCAACCAGCGCGCUUGACCCGCGCGCGGAGAAGAUUGUGCAAGAGGCUUUGGAUAAUGUUUCUGCCUCGCGGACAACGGUCGUCAUUGCGCAUAAGCUGUCGACGAUAAGGAAGGCGGAUCAGAUUGUGGUUCUCUCCAAGGGGCAGAUCAUUGAGAAGGGAACGCAUGAUGAGCUCGAUAAAGCCCGGGGAGCGUAUCAUAGGCUGAUCAAAGCGCAGGAUUUGGGGAAAGUUAAGACUGGUGAAGGUGCACGGCCUGAAGAGGAAGACUCUACAGAGGAGGUUCCGGUCACCAACAUCCCAUCUGCCAAAGCGGAAAGCGUGAGGGACACUAGUAGUGCUCUCGAGGCUGAGACUCACUCUAUAGGCGACCAGAGUCUACUGCGGUGUAUAGCAAUCAUGGUCAAGGAAAGGCGCGACCUGUGGAUGGAAUUCGUGAUUGUGGUGAUUGCUUGUAUUGUUGGGGGGGGCAGCUAUCCAGUCCUCGCGUUCGUCUUUGCGAGAUCUCUAGAUGCCUUUCAAAUCUCAGACACGGCAGAAAUGAUUGACCAAGGCGAGUUCUAUGCGCUUAUGUUUUUCGUCCUAGCACUCGUUAUCCUGGCCGUAUACGCGACCCUUGGCUGGGUAACCAACAUCAUCUCAACAACCGUCGUCUACGCCUACCGCAUGCAAAUGUUCCGCAGCUACAUAACGCAAGACAUGACCUUCUACGACCAACCCUCACACACGACCGGGUCAUUGGUCUCACACCUCUCGACAAAACCCACCAGCCUCCAAGAACUCCUCGGCUUCAACAUCGGAAUCAUAAUCAUCGCCUUCGUUAACAUCCUCUCCAGCUCCAUCCUCUCCAUCGCCGUCGGCUGGAAACUCGGCCUCGUCGUCCUGGCAGGCGCCAUGAUCCCCAUCACCUUCUGCGGGUAUCUCCGGAUCCGUCUGGAGACGCAGCUCGAGAAGAGCAACGGGGAUCGAUUUGCGGAGAGCGCGGCGCUCGCGGGUGAAGCGAUUUCGGCUAUUCGCACCGUUGCGUCGUUGGCGAUCGAGCCGGUUAUUCUCGGGCGGUAUACGAGUAUCCUGAGGGGCAUUGAGCGGAGGAGUAUCAGGGGAUUGGUGUGGACCACGGCGUGGCUGGCGCUUACGCAGUCGCUUUCGUUGUUGUCUAUGGCGUUGAGCUUUUGGUACGGAGGGCGGCUGCUCUCCACUGGCGAGUACUCGAGUACGCGGCUAUACAUUGUUGUUAUGGGAGCUAUCCUAUCUGGGGAGGCGGCUGCGUCGUUUUUCAUGUUUACUACUAGUCUCACAAAGGCUCGGGGCGCAUGCAACUACAUCUUCUGGCUUCGUUCUCUAGUCCCGAGUGUGCGAGAUGAGGGUUCGCAUGACAACAGCCCUAGUAAUAACAGUCCUGAGAAAGAGCAGGAUCAAGCAGCUAGCUUGGAACUACAGAACAUCGAAUUCCGAUACCCAACCAGACCGAACCGGCCCGUUCUCACAGAUCUGAACAUCAAAGUCAAGCCCGGCCAAUCCAUAGCCUUCGUCGGCCCCUCAGGCCACGGCAAAUCGAGCAUAAUCGCUCUGCUAGAGCGCUACUACAACCCAUCCUCAGGCUGCAUAACCCUCGACGAAACCGCAAUCGCCAACACCCCGCUCCAAACCUACCGAUCGCACCUCUCCCUUGUCCAACAAGAACCAAUCCUGUACCAGGGCACGGUCCUCGAAAACAUAACCCUCGGCAUUCCGAACGCCAGCCUGAUCCCCGAAUCCGAGGUCCACUCUGCCUGCCACCAGGCAAACGCCUACGACUUCAUCUCCUCCCUCCCCAACGGCUUCUCAACGCCCUGCGGAGCACGGGGUAGUCUCUUCUCCGGCGGCCAACGCCAACGAAUCGCAAUUGCGCGUGCGCUGCUCCGGAAACCGCGACUCUUACUUCUGGAUGAGGCGACUAGUGCACUCGAUACGGAGAGUGAGAGGGUUGUGCAGGCGGCGUUGGAAGAAGCGAGCGUGGGGCGGACGACGAUUACGAUUGCGCAUCGGCUUUCGACGGUGAAGGGGGCAGAUUGUAUUUACGUGCUUGUUCAGGGCAGGAUUGUGGAGAGGGGGACUCAUGAGGAGUUGCUUGGGAGGAGGGGGGUUUAUUAUCAGAUGUGUUUGGGGCAGGCGUUGGAUAGGGCCGGGUGAGGUGGUUUUGUUUUUGGCCAGUAUCUGGUACGCCUGGGGUGCAUGUAUAUUACGUGGAUAGACUCUCAUCUCUUUGUAGAAACCAAAUAAUCUCUCCUCUAAUACACUAUACCUGUCCU